GGAGGGGGUGAGGGGGGCAGCCAGGGGCAGGAUGAGCAGAGCGCGUGGCCCUGCUGGCAAUUAGUGCUCGGAGUGUCUUGAUUCACCCAACCAUAAUAAACCGUGAAUUAUGACUUGGAGCUUUAUGAAGAGAAAGAAUCGGCCACACUUGAUCGCUGCCCGAACCACAAUAGCAGCGAUUGGGAGGGGGUGAGGGGGGCAGCAGCUCUCACAGCACCGUGCAUGCCCUGCAUUGCCCCCACCCCCUGUACCCCGUGCCCUGCUGCACCGUCGGGGCCACUUCUCCCCCUCCACAAACCCCUUUUCCCCUUCUCUUUGCCCUCUGUGCUUUGCGCUGGGGGGCAAAUGGGGGGUGAUGGUGCCCAGACCCCCCCCGUGGGGGCUCAGGAGGUGUCUGGAUUGUGCUGUCGGCUCUGCCUGCAGGCCCAGCCCAGCUCAGGGGCUGCAGAACAGAUCUGCAGCCCUCAGCCCCAAACCUUCAUCCGUCGGCCCCAGAUCUCCAUCCCUGAACCCCACACCCUGCAGGGCUGGAGCAGGGUUGGGUUUACCCCCAGCGUUGGCACUUCAGUGGUGCGAUGGGGGCUGUGCUGGUUCAGAGGGGUAAAUAAUUCACGAAACGAGCUGGUGCACUAACACGGUAAUUAAUAUGCUUCUGCAAAUGUCCAAUACAUAUUUAAUCGCCCUUCGGUGCGUGUUUACACAAACAGCACCCGGCUGCAUGCCUGCACAGCAGUGUCAGCCACAGCACUCCCAGCACUGAAGGUUUGGGUCUGUAGCUCCACUGCCCCUGCACGGCCCUGAGCACCAGGAUGUGCGCUGCUGUGAGCGCCGGGCUCGGGGCUGCGGGCCCUGAGAGGGGCCCUGAGCUGCUUCCAGGCACUGGUGUGGCCAUGGCCAUGGGGCAGGGGGCUAUGGGGGCUGUGGGGACCGAUCCUGCCCCACGGUGGGGGGGCAGCAGCCGCUCUGUCUGCGUUUAUGAGCGCACGGAGCCGUCCCAGCAGGCGUUUUCAAUUCCGUUUAUCUGUGUUUCCCCAUUGAGUUCAUUUUAUUUCCCCUGAUUUUUGUUUCCUGGAAGAUUUAUCGAUCCUGAUUUGCUCAGUUUAUGACAGGUAGCGGCCAUAAAGCAGCAGAGCCGUGGGCCCUGCAGCCCCCCCUCCCUCCGUCUGUGAGGACGCGGUGCAAUGUCAGGGACAGGGAUGGGCUGGGGACUGGGGGGGCUGCCCCAUAUGCAACACCCUGUAGUGCCAUAGCUCAAUGCAGGAGCCCUGCUUCGUGCAAGCUGCUUGUUGGCUGGGGAAGGGGACGGGGAUGGGGUUGGGAUGGGGAUGGGGAUGCACCUUGCACUGCGCCAUUACAGCAGAGCCCCGUGGGGAGAUGGGGAGAGCAGCACUGGGGCUGCGGUGGGUUUGCUCAUGAAGGACCUCCCUGCUCCUACCCCACUGCUAGAAGUCGGAGUGUGGAGUGAUGCACCUCUGCCACUGCCAUGCAGAGAUGGAGGGACCGCAGCUGCAGUGCUGAGCCCACACGGGGCACAGCCAGCUCCCACACUGCGUGCGUUCCUCCGUUCCCUGCUAAGAUGGAUUAAAGGAAAGCUAUAAGUCUAUAGGAUUGCCAUGCGUCCGGGGGACGGAGCGAUAUUAGAGGCAUUAACUUUUCUGUCAUGCUGAUAAUAAGUCGUGUUCUGAUGGGAUCAAGCUCGGUAAGGAGCCCUGGGGCUGCACGAUGCUCAGGGAGUUCUGUGUGGGCACCGUGGGACUGAAUGGCCGCUGGAGCCACAGCAGCCCCUGGUGGGGACAGAUCCUUCCUGGGCCCGGGUAUGGAGCUGAGCUGGGGGUCUCAGCACUGCCACAACUCAAAGCAGUGCCGGUGGGGAGGGGGCACAGCACCGUGUCAGACCUGGCUGCCCCAUGCCCACACCGUGCUUGGCUGCGCCGUCUCCCAGUGACCCCCACAAUGGGACCGAUAUACAGAGGAACGAUGAUCUCUCCAGAGGAGAUGAAAAGAAUUCUAAUUACAUCUCUGAACAAUAUUUGUUUUGAGAGAGGAAAGCAAACCAUAUGGCAUGUGGGAGACUGUUUGGGGGCCGCAUUAAACAAGGAUUUGUUUUUCAUUUUUGCUUUGAUUUCAGAGGAGAUGCGAUCGCACUGCGUUCAUUCAUCACCCCUUUGGGUCCCGCAGAGGGCAGAGGGCUCGGGGGGGUCCCAGAGGUGGGGGGGCACAGGGAUGGGGAUGCUGGUGGAGGGGUUGUCCCCACGUUGGGGCUGUGGCACUGCCCCACUCCGGGCACGGCACAUCCACCGUGCCCGCAGCCCCGCUCUGCCCACACAGCGCUGUUCACGGAGACCCCGCACGAUGUGACGGCGCAGGCGGGUGAGGACGUGGAGAUGGCGUGCUCCUUCCGCGGCAGCGGCUCCCCGUCGUACUCCCUUGAGAUCCAGUGGUGGUAUGUCCGCACCCACAAGGACUGGACGGACAAACAGACGUGGGCUUCUGGCCAGCAGCUAAAAGCAUCACAUCAGGAGGAGGCUGGGAAGGACGCAACAAAAAUAAGCGUGGUGAAGGUGGUCGGCAGCAACAUCUCGCACAAGCUGCGGCUGUCGCGGGUGAAGCCGGCGGAUGAAGGCACGUACGAGUGCCGCGUGAUCGACGCCAGCGAGGGCUCGGCGCGGCAGCACAAGGUGAAGGCCUACCUGCGCGUGGAGGCGGCGCGCGAUUUGACUAAAGAGGUAAAUUAG